AUGCAGAGCAGUGAUGAGGAUAGGUCGGAUGGAUCAAAUGACUAUCAACCAGAGCGGGAGAAGUGGUCUUUCGGUGUUUUAAAUGAUAAGGAGACUGAUGAAGUGCCUGGAACUGUCAUUCUCCUCUCCUCCAACAGAAAUGAGCCGCUUGGACUUCGACAACAACCUGCAAGAACAUCAGCAUCGUCUUUUCCGUCUCCCUACCCGCCGUCUCGGGCAUCCUCGCGUUCACAUGUUCCCCAAAUGAAACGGACGGCUGACGGCUCCAUCGUCUUGGAUCCUCAGCCAGAUGAUUCGCUGAACGAUCCACUUAAUUGGCCUUCUUGGCGUCGGGAUCUUUCCCUUCUAUCCUUGGGCUUUUACUCCAUGCUUGGUGGAGGAAUGACGCCCAUUCUAGCAGCUGCAUACAACGAUGUUUCGGAAACUUUUGGUAUCACAUCACACCAGGUUGCUCUGACCACUGGCCUGUACAUGUUGGGACUUGGCCUUGGCUCAGUGGUGAUGUCACCCACAGCAAUUCUUUAUGGAAAACGCCCAAUUUAUCUUCUGGGCUCUGCUCUGUUCAUUGUUUCAGCUGUUUGGUGCGCUGUUUCUCCCAAUUUUGUGAGCUUGCUUCUCGCUCGAAUCUUCCAGGCGUUGCGUCGCAAUUCCUGCGAGCAAACAUCCAAAGAAAAUGGAAACAGAAGAGAGGGUUCUUAUUCGCAACUUACUGUGCCGGCUGCUCCUGAUGACCAAACUAGUGCGCAGAAUGAACCAAAACCACAGGAGAAAACCUCUGAUAUUGAAGCCGCUCGUCCUUCCGCUCGUCCUACACCUCGUCGGGAUACCUCAACCACCUCAGCCGCAUCAUAUGCUUCGUCCCUUCCUCCAAUCCAUCCUUACACUAGAAAUCUCCAGACCAGUCCUCCUCUGGGAUUUUCCCACUCUCUUCAACUGUUCCACGGCCGGCUCUCACAAGAUAAGUGGCUUCGUGUCUUGGUCCGUCCAUUUAUACUUUUCGCCUACCCUGCCGUCUUGUGGUCGGCCAUGGUCUACGCCCUAUCCGUUGGGUGGUUGAUCGUCCUAUCGGAAGCCGUGGCAGAAAUCUUUCGGGAUAGGGAAACUUAUAAUUUUUCCGCUCUGGGCACUGGUCUCGUAUAUAUAUCGCCCUUCGUCGGCGGUAUCGUUGGCACGGUAGUGGCAGGCAAAUUUUCAGACGUAGUGGUGCGGUUCAUGACACGUCGAAAUGGCGGCAUUUAUGAACCUGAGUUUCGGCUUGUUAUGGCAGUGCCAAUUACAUUAACCACCGCCAUGGGCCUGAUGGGUUUUGGGUGGAGCGCUCAGGAAAGGGAUCGGUGGAUCGUACCCACUGUCUUCUUCGGCAUUCUCUCCUUUGGAUGCUCUGUGGGAAGCACGACAGCCAUUACCUUUUGCGUCGAUAGCUACCGUCAGUAUGCAGGCGAGGCUCUGGUUACACUGAAUUUCAGCAAAAAUGUAUUGCAUGGUUUCGUAUUUUCAUUGUUCUUUGUUCAAUGGCUCAAAUCAGAUGGGGCACGGGAUGUCUUCGUCUGUUUGGGUGGGAUUCAUAUUGCUUGCAUGCUCUCCUCUAUUCCGUUGUAUAUUUACGGGAAAAGGGCUCGUAUGUGGACUGUCCGCAGGCGGUUGAUGGAGAAAUUUUAA